AAUAAAUUAAAAUAAUUUUUAUUCUUUAGGGUCAACAAUUGAAUAAAACUAAACUUCACUCGUUAUGUGCUUGUACGAUGACAGAACUUAAUAAAUCAAUUAAAAUAAUUCAAACAACAAGUCAAGAGAAAAUGUCGACAUUAAAAACAAUACAAAAGCAAUCAAUAACUGAAGAGCACCAAAAGAAAAAGAAUAAAAAUCGAGAAGAUAGUAAUGAAAGACCGAAAAAGAAGCUUAAACCUAUUUCUGGUAUUGUCUCAAUGAUCAAUUUACAAGACUAUAAAAAGACAAAGAAGUAUAUAAAUUAUUUAAAUUGGAAAUCAAAUCUAAUUCAACAACUGAAGGAAACAUAAAUGUCGGGAAUUUAAAUUCGUUGUCGAUCACUCUGAUCUUAUAAAUUUUAAAUAAUAUGUGUAUAUACAUAUUCUUUUUCUUUUUUUA